AUGUGCAAGAAGAAACAAGCAAAACCGGAGAAGUCUCAGUCAAAACUGUCGAAGAAAGAGAGGAAGAAGGCAGAGAAAUUGGAAAAGAAACGUUUGGAGUUAGAAGCGCAAGAAGCACUGUCAGCGGAACUGAAUGAGCAAAACAAAUCCGAUCAUAAGAAGGGAAAGAAAGGAGAUCAGCGGAAGAACCAAACAGUCGUGAUCAAAAGAAAAAACAGAAAAGCAAAAAGGACGGGCAAAUCUAAGAAGCAGUUUGUAUUAGAUGCAGAAGCAUUAAAAAAGAGGGAACAUGACUUUAUUCUUGAUUGUAUUGCCGUAGCACAAAUUUCAAAGGAUGGAGCGCUACGAAGCCCAAAGAUUGAUAGCGUCAUACCUACGUACGAUGCCCUACGAGACCCAUUUUCGGCCAGAUAUUUCCAGCAGCCAACUGUGAAAAAAUUCAUGGAAAAAAUGAACUUGAUGCCUCGCGCAGACGAAGAAAUCAAGGUGCGGGAGAAUGAAUAUCUUAAACGGCGAAACGUGCAUGGUUGUGGCAGAUCGAUUGAGGAAUAUGGCGGUCAUGGGGUAACAAUUCGUCUGUGA